AUGUCGCAAUCAUACCUCGUAAGAUUCACCUGCUCCCACACAGAGGAUUACACCGUACAACGAGAUGGCACUUGCGACUGGAGUAUAAGCCCCGAUAUGCCCGGCGCUGUGGAUCUUUAUGUAGGAACUCUCUGUCGAGGGUGUAUUGGAAAAGAAUCAACCUAUCUCCCUACCAGUCCUCCCAUACCCGACCACGCUCAACCAUUCGUUCCCUCCGAACUCUUCAAUCGUAUCCCCUUGAUGUUCGAGGCCUUGGAGUUGUACCCCUUUGGCGAAAACACCAGAUUAUCUAAGACUUCCCUUUCAUAUAUCAAAGACGUCUAUCGACACCUGGAAAUGCAGAUGCGUUGGAAACGACAUGAUAUGCCUAGUUUCGAGAAGAAGAGGAUGCAGUUCGUAAAAUCUAAUAUAAAGGGACGCCCUGAAGACGUUGAUAGGCAAAACAAGUGGGAGAUGGAGUGGAAGGAGUUCAUGGAGAGGUCUCUGCUGAAGCAUCUGGCUUGGAAGAUACAAGUCAACGCUUUAAAGAAUGCUCACGAAGACUACUUGAAUUCGCUUCCCAAAGAGUCCACUUCUAGUUGCCUAUCUAUUCCACCACUCUUGACAACCCCCUCGAGCGCUUCCAUCGAAGAAGAGUGUCAUAUAUGCCAAUCUCCAAUGGAUGAAGAAAGUGGAGAAAAGCCCUGCCAGCUACCUUGUUCACACAUAUUUGGUGAUAAGUGUAUAGGUACUUGGCUUCGAGAUCAGAGUAGCUGUCCUUUGUGUCGAACUGUCUUUGAGAGAGACGCUUAUUCGUACCCAAAAGAGGAAAUUAUUCAGGACUCUGAUGUGCUCGCCGAGGGAGAGGAGUAUGAUUGGGUUUUGGUUGUUAGAGGAGUGAUUCCAGCAGAAGCGAGUUUCUUCUUUUGA